AAUCAGCGCACGCUGACGAAAUCUGCUACUCAGAACAAUGACAAAGUUUAUAAACAUGGUGUUUAUUAAAGAGGAGAAUGAAGACAUGAAGAUUGAAGAAACAUUCAGAGUCAAACAUGAAGACACAGAGGAACAAAGAAAGAUGGUGUUUAAUAAAAAGGAGAGUGAAGACCUAAAGAAUGAAAAAGCAUUCAGAGUCAAACAUGAAGAUACUGAGGAACAAACAGACCUCAAAGAGGAGUGUGAAGUACUGAAUAAAAUGCACAAGAAAGAUCAGAAUUUCAUAAUUGGACAAAAAUCAUUUAGUUGCUCACAGACUACAAUGAAUUUCUCGCAAAAAAGAGCUCAAAAGACUGGAAUUAGAAGUCAUUUCACCUGCCAACAGUGUGGAAAGCAUUUCCCUGACAAAGCAACCCUUAAAAAACACAUGAGAGUUCACAGUGGAGAAAAGACUUACACAUGCAAACUGUGUGGAUGUAGUUUCAAUCGAAAAGGAAGCCUUACCAGGCACAUGAGGAUUCACACUGGAGAGAAGCCUUAUACCUGCCAACUGUGUGGAAAUACUUUCACUGAAAAAGGAAACCUUAAAAAACAUAUGAGAAUUCACACUGGAGAGAAGCCUUACACCUGCAAACUAUGUGGGAAUAAUUUCCCUGCAAAAGGAACCCUUAAAAAACAUAUGAAAGUUCACACCAGAGAGAAGCCUUACACCUGCCAAGUGUGUGGAAAUGCUUUCACUGAAAAAGGAAACCUUAAAAGGCACAUGAGAAUUCAUACCGGUGAGCAGCCUUACACAUGCCCUCAGUGUGGAAAGAGUUUUACACAUAAAAACACUUUUAAUGCCCACAUGAAAAUUCACACCGAAGAAAAGCUGUAUACCUGCAAACUGUGUGGAAAUAGCUUCAUUGAAAAAGGAAACCUUAAAUGGCACAUGAGAAUUCACAUUAGCGAGAAGCCUUACGCAUGCCCUCAGUGUGGAAAGAGUUUUGCUCAACAAACAAGUUUAAACAGGCACAUAGGAAUUCACACUGGAGAGAAGCCAUUCACGUGCCCUCAGUGUGGAAACGGUUUCACACACCCAUCGAGCUUGAACAGGCACAUGAGAAUUCACACUAGAGAGAAGCAUUAACCCUGCAAACUGUGUGGAAGAACUUCACAACAAAACUAAACUGAACAUGAACAGUCACUGGCGAGAAACUGUUUACAUGUCUUCAGUGUGAAAUGUGUUUCACAUAUCUAAAGGACCUCAAACAUAAUUUGCAAACUCAAUCUGGAAAGACAUUGACGUGCUUCUCAGUGUGACAAUAAGUUAAAAGGUUAGUUUACCCAAAAAUGAAAAUUAGCCCACUAUUUACUAUACGCAUCCCAUGUGUAUAUGACUUUCUUCUUUCAGAUGAAUCCAAUCGGAGUUAUAUUAAAAAUAAUCCUGGCACACCCAAGCUUUAUGAUGGCAGUGGUUGGAUGUUUCUGUUCAACAGUCCAAAAAAAGUCUAAUAAAGUGCAUCCGUCCAUAAUAGAAAAGUGUCUCACACAGCUCCAGAGGAGAGUAUAAAGGCCUCCUGUAGCAAAUUGAUGUGUUUUUGUAAGAAAAAUAUCCAUAUCUAAAACGUAAUAAUGACUUUUCAUCAUUUCAGCUAGCUUGCGCUAAUUGUUGUACACAGAAGCAGUUCCGGGUUUUCGAUAUAAGCCAAGAGGAGACUGGUUUUCCUUUGCUAAAGUAAAGAAACUUUGCUUCCUUUGUUUCUGUAAACAAACAUAAUUUUUCACUAGAUAAGCAGCGCAUGCGCAACACCGAUGCCCUACGUCAUUUGCCCGGAACAGCUUCUGUGUACAACAGUUAGAAAUAUCUAUAUUUUAAAUAUAGAUAUUUUUCUUACAAAAAUGCAUCGAUUCGCUAAAGGGGGCCUGUGUUGAUCUCCCAGAGCCAUGUGAGGUAUGUUUUAUCAUGAAUGGAUGCACUUUAUUGGACUUGUUUUGACCUACUGAAGAGAAACAUCCGCCCACUGCCAUUAUGAAGCUUGAAAGAGCCAGGACAUUUUUUAUACAACUCUGAUUGGAUUCAACUGAAAGAAGAAAGCCAUCUAUACCUAGAAUGCCUUGAAGGUGAAUAAUUCAUAGGCUAAUUUUAAUUUGGGGGUGAACUAACCCUUAACAAAAGGGAGAUAUUGCAAAAAGGCUAUGCAUAUUCACUCUGGAAGAAGGUGAUUAAAUUGUCAGUGUAAUAAAAAUGUAUUUUACUAGCACUUGAAAAGUCAUGUAUGUGUGAGACCCUAUUUGUGUGGAAAGAGUUUUAAAUAUCUCUGCAAUAAAAAAAAAAAUGACACUAGAACAAACUGAUGUUACACCAAAAUUUUGGCAACCAAAAUUGUAAAAAUCCUUUUGGAGGGUUAAAAUCAUUAACUGAAACUGUGACAUUUCAUUAGUGAAUAGCCUUGAUUUUGGUUUUGCUUCCGGUGACCUGUUGCAUGAAGCCAGUUGAACAAACCAGGUUUAGAAUUGACAAAACCAAACAAAUCCAAUAUGUUUAGAUCAGGUUUAUUGGGCUUACAAAGCUCAAAUAUAAACAUACUCUGUCAACUCAGAGUUUGUGAUUAACUCUGGAGCAUUGCACUGGAAAGUGUGACAUGUAGCAAACAGCUAAUCACACAGAAUAUGCGAGGAUCGGUUUGAUUCACUUCUCACGAGAGUCUGUACAAUUCAUCACUCUGCUGAAGAUUAAGAGAUGCCGUUAUUAAUAGGGCAGUCCUGGACUAAAGAUUUUCCUGGUCGACUAGUAGUCGUUCAUUUCAAGUAUUACACCGUGUCUUAACUACAUGCGACGUGACGCCACAACACGUGAUAAAAGGUAUCUUUUCCAUGUUAAUUAGAGUUUUUGUCCUAACUAGC